AUGUUAGUGACAAGUUUAUAUGAUGACAUUGAUUUUAAAAGUCAUUUCAGACUCACGAGAAAUUCAGUUGAGUCUCACAAUAUAAAAGCAGGAAGACCUGGGAUUGAUUUUCAGAAAGCUACUCUAAUGACUAUUUGGUACUUAAGUAACACUGAGACAUUUCGUCAAGUUGGUGAUCGUUUCGGAGGAAGUUCAGAAACAAAAACUGUACAAGAUUUUAAAAACUUACGAAUUAAUUAUGUACCAAAUACUAUUGGAUGUAUUGACGGCUGCCAUAUACGCAUGCAUUCAGCAAAAGCUAAAAGGAGUGACUACACCAACCGCAAAAUGUUCCAGUCAAUUGUUCUACUGGCUGUUUGUAAUGCUCAUUUAGAAUUUAUCUACAUAUUUUCUGGGUGGCCCGGGAGUUCGCAUGAUGCUAGAGUUUUUAAAAAUUCUUUAUUAGGAGAAACUUUAAUAAACAAUUAUCAAGAAAUGAUUUCUAAAAAUCUUCAUAUUCUUGGUGAUUCUGCGUUUCCAUUACUCGAGAACCUUUUAGUACCAUACAAGGCUACCCACAUAUUGUCAGAUAGAGAAAAAUUAUUCAAUAAAAGAUUAAGUUCAACUAGAGUGGUUAUUGAACAAGCUUUUGGAUUGUUACUAGGGCGUUUUCGAAGACUCAAGUCACUAGAAUCAAAGUCAGUUGAAUUAAUGAGUCUUAUUGUGACUGGUGCUUGUAUUUUACAUAAUUUGGCUCUUAAGAACAAUGACUUAUUUGAGAUUGAAGAUAUUGACCAAGACUUUGACAUUCAAACUGAUGAAUUUCAUCAAAAUCUAGAUGUUCCAAUAGCAGUCACACAAAGAAAUGGUAUAGACAAAAGAAAUGAAUUGUCUCUUAGGUAA